GGCUCUCGGCAGGAAGCCCUCAUCCUGAUCAAGGGCUCCUACCGCACGCUCAAGAUGAUCAUCCGGAGGAGGAACGUGCCCAUCAUCAGGCCCCACUCAUGGCAUCUGGCCAAGCUCUCCGAAGUCCGGACCGACGGCACCGCCAUGACCUUUCCUGCUGACCCCCUGAGUCUCUCCUGGCACUUGGGCUGCGAGACGAGUGACCUGCCUUUGCCGUGGAACCCCCUCUCUCCCCACUGCACCACGGAAAAGAACAGCUCCCUGGGGAGCAUGGAAAGUCUGGACCCAGCCGGCCAGACCUACUAUGAGGGCAGCCUGUCCCCCAUUGACCAGGCCAUGGACCAGAGCAAGCGGGACUCUGCCUACAGCUCCUUCUCAGCCAGCUCCAGCACCUCCGACUCUGCGCUGCGACCGGAGGAGACCAGCUCCGUGGACGGCGCCCAGCCCGGCCAGCUGCCGGAGCCUCGCUACCUGCAGACAGGAGGAGAGCCUGCGGGCCUUGGGGUCCGGUUGCCCUCCAGUGUCCAGUCGGGCUCUCUUCCUCGCCUGUCCAGAACGGCUGCUGCCCCUCCCCACCCGCCUGUGAGACAAGACAGUCUGCGUGCGUGUAACUCCCCGCUGGAAGACCCAAGAGCCCCGACCCACGCGGGCGGUUUGUGUCCCGAGAAUUGGUGGAACUCGGACAUCUCCCUCUGCUCCCCUGGCCGAGAUGCCCAUGGGCCUGGGGGAGCGUUGGCCACCACAGGCCCCCUGAAGGACUCUCCAUUCCCUGACCAGUACUACCUACUCAGCUCCCACACAGAGCCUCACCUUGGGAUGAAGAGGAGCCCACAAACCUCCCCCUCGUCUUUGGCUGAGAGCCCCAGAGAGCCCGCCGGAAGGAAGGGCCACGAGGUGGAGCUGAAUAACUGUGCAGAGCCUCCUUCGUCCUGGAAGGCUGCCUUGGGUGGGCCCUUCGGUCAUCGCCACAGCAUCCCAGAACACCUGCUGGUGGCCCAGCUGCAGGCCUUGGAGGUCUCCCGUGGCCAGAAGGCUCCUCGCUGGACUGUGUCUCCACUGCACAAGGAGCAGAAGGACCCGCAGGCUCCGGAGCCCUGUGGCCAGAAGCCCUGCGAGCCGGCAGAAGAGCUGGAUUCCCCCUCAACUGCAGAAGAGGGGUCCCCUUCCCCACGGGGCCCUUGCACGGCACUGGGGAGGCCCAACAACACCCUCCCGACCCGGGCUGGUUCCCCGUCACUGCCAGCGUUUGGCAAUGGCAGCACCUCCCGGCGAGACCUCCAGGCAGCCCCCUGCGUAGAUCCUUUGCCGGAGGCUGAAAGGAGCCUCCCAGCUGCCCAGAAGGGCCAGCAUCGCUCUGCACACAGCCGCCGGCGCAGUGACCGCUUCGCCACCAACCUGCGGAAUGAGAUCCAGUGGCGGAAAGCCCAGCUGCAGAAGGCCAGAGGGCCCGGGGGGCCAGGGUGCGAAGAGGAGCCUGCCCCACAAGCAGAGGAGUCCCCCGCUCACACCGCAGUCCCUGCCCCUUCUCCCCCUCCCCUAGGGGAGGGAAGGCCCCUGGGCUCCUCUGGGCUGCCAGCUGGGGUCCCCAAGCGGUGGGGCUCUGAGCUGAGUGUGUUUGGGGAGGAGAGAGCUCCAAGCAGCCCCCAGAGGACACCCAAAGAGAAGCCGGUGGCCCGUGCAGGGGGGUGGGGAGGCGGCCGCUGGCGCUGGUCCCCGGAGCACAAGCUCCAGCCUCAGGAGUCCGAGCCGGGGCCGUCCGCACAGCUGCCCUUGGAGGAAGACGGCCUCUUGCCUUUUGCCGACCGGCGAAGGUUCUUUGAGGAGACGAGCCACCCGCUGCCCGCCAGGCCCUAUGGCUCUCUGCAGGGCAGGCUGGAGGGCAGACGGAGCCCCGAGGCAGAGAAGCCGGGAAGUGCCGAGCACGGGACCUUCCAGCGUCACUCCCUGGACCAAUCCUACCGUUGCCCACCUUCGCCUCCCGUCUACCAGGACUUCCAGCCGGAGGUUCUGAGGCUCUGCAAGUCCCUGGCUCGACCCGGAGUGGAGACGGAGCACUGGUGGGCUCUCCCGUGCUCGUGCGCCGUCCGGGAGGCCUGCGCUUACAGCUUUCAGGAGGAGUGCGCCGUGCUGCGCUCGAGGAGCAUGCCAAUGCCGCCACCCAGCCACCAUGCCCACCAUUGCCACCCUUGUUCCUGGAGCUGCCGCAGUGACUGCUGUUGCCCGGGUCAGCAGAAGCUGGUGGAGGACGGGGGUCCCUGGCAUGGAAGGAAACCUUUUCAGGGGGAAUUUCCCCCAGAUGAAUGGGAGCCCCCAGCCGUGAGCAGGGCAAGCAGCCACACUGUGAGUCAGCUCCUGCCGCACAAGGUAGCCUUCACCAGGGUCAGCCCCUUCUGGACCUGCUUCGAGCGCACCGAACCAGCUGGGCCCUCUUUCUGCCGGGCCCCAUCCACGCACAGCCUCCCCUGGGACUGCGAGCAGCCAAAGUGGGUCGCGGAGAAGGGGGGCUGGGAAGGGGGGCUCGGCGAACCUCACAAACCCCCCUUGCGCGAAAGGGCCUAUUCGGAGAGCCACCUCUGCACCGAACCUGCCAGGGUCUCUGCGAGGGAGUGGCGAGAAGCCCCGUUGGCCGAGACGCAGGAGACAGCACCAAAGUCACCAGCCUGCCAAACCAGGAGAAGGGGGCCCCCACCUCCGCGCCCUCCCCCACCCAACUGGGAGAAAUAUCGCUCAGCCCGGGCUUCACACCAACAGCUUCUCCCUGCCCAAGCCUGCCGGCCCCAUCAUGUGGAGGAGUCUUGGGCCCCGGGCCAGCCUGGCUUCGAAGCGGCCAGGCAGCGUUCUCAGAGCCUCCCUGGGGAACAGCUGUGGCCCAACAGAGCACAACUGCAGUGCCCGCGGCUGCCCGGUGCAGGACCCGUUGCCGCUCCUUCCCUCCCCGAGCAAGACAACCCCCACUAUUACUGCCACGGGUCGCCACCCAGGACCCGGGAGUGGCUGAUGGCUGAGACGAGUGACCGGAGUGUCCCAUCCAGGACGGCCAGUUCCUCGGAGGGGGCAGCUGCUGAGGAUCCUCCCCGGGUCGAGGAGCAGGAGACGCCAACCGGCAGCCCCUCAGAGCAGCCCCUCACCUGGCAUCCCCAACAGGGCACGCCUGUGUCCCAGGAUGCUGCAGGGGAGUGUCACAGAUCAGGGCCCCCUCCCUCGCGCCUGAAUUCGGAGGAGCUGAUGAGAGACGUGGCGGGCAAGGACCGCUCUCUGGCUGGAGUGCUGAGCUCUGGUUUCGGACUCCGCUCAGCAGCCGAGAUGGCCCUCCUGGAGAAGAAGCGGCAGCUGACAGCACAGCUGGAGGAUGCCAAGGAGCUGCAGGAGCACGUGGCUCAGCGGGAGCAGCUCGUCUCUGCCAGCGUCUCGCGCUGCCUGGCGCCCGAGCAACUGCAAGACUACCAGCACUUUGUGCGCAUGAAGUCCGCCCUGGCGAUCCAGCAGCGGCAGCUGGACGAUAAGGUCAAGCUGGGCGAGGAGCAGCUGCGUUGUCUCUGGGAGAGCCUGCCUCGGAGGCCCCGGAAGCCCUAGAGGAACCGGGAUCCCCCUGGUUGGCAGGAGGGCUGGCUGCAAACGGAAAGAGACGGUGCCUUUUGCCAAAGAACUGCGUCUGCCCCCUGCCCUCUCUGGCCAAGGAAGGUCGCCCACAUGCCUUCGUGGCCCCCUGCAGUUAGGAUCAAGAAAAGAUGGAAUCCUGCGUCACUGGAAUGAGGAGGCAGGGAGGGGUCUUGGCAGCCUCUCCUCAAACCACCCGGCUGGCCAGAUGAGGAGACCCCGUCCCUUCCAGGGGCCACGCAGCCUCGCCUGGACAAAGUCUCCCGCUCAUAAUACUUUCUGAGCUCCACUGCGGGGACUCGCCCGCUGCUCACCUUAAGUGCCUACAAGCCUCAAAGGGGCCUUUUCUGCCCGUGCAGGUUAUUUAUUUUUUGCUGUUGCUAUGUUAAGAGUUUCUUCCCAAGUAUACCUGGGUCAGAUGAGAGCCGGGUGGCCGAGAGCAUGGCACGGGCUGUUUCAGAGCCUGUGUGUCCACAGCGGCUCCCCCGGAGAGUCCUGCCUUGGCCCAAGGAGCCCAGCCAGUGGCAUCACAUCUUCGUUGGGUCCUGCCCGUAUCCCAACUAAGCCUGCUGCUUCAGUCUUCCCGUGGAGGGGAGCGGUCAGGCCUGAGUGGGCUCAGGUGGCUGCUGUCCGGUGGCAAAACUCUGGCAGGGAGAUCGCGCGGGAGAUGCCCCCCAGCAGCAGGUGAGGAUCAGGCCUGGGAAAGUUUUGCAGUGGUGUCUGGUCAGAGACCUAAGCCAGCGAUGGUGGAGGGACAGCAGGCAUCUGCCCCAAGCCUGCCUUUCUCAGGAGCUGGCUGCCUUAAUUUAUCCACGGGAUCAGCGGGCAAUCCAGCCCCCGUUACCAGCUCUCCCCCUCGGUCCUGGCCAGACAGCCCUGCCCUAGGCGAGGGUCUCCCUUCCAUCUUCCUAGCAUGGCCUCAAGCUGAAAUCCCCUGGCAAGGACUUGGGGGGGCGGAGGGACUGGAUAACAAGGGCUUCUCUUCCUAACCUCUCCUGUCUCCGCAGCAGAGGAAUGUCUUGGGCUCCUGCCAUGGCUAUUGUGACCCUCACAUCCUCUUCCUCUCCAUUGUCCUUGGCCCAGUGCAGGAAGCCAAAGUCUGCCUGGCUUAACCUCUGCAAUGCGGGGCUGCCUGCAACUCACCCUGACCCGUUCUCGCUUCGAGGAAGGGGAAUAAGAGCCGGGCCAGGCUGCCAUCGCAUUCCGGGCCCGGAGAGGAGUGAAAAAUCCCACUGCCUGGGCUCCCAACAAGGAGGAUGGCUUGUUCCUCUCUAACCCUCCAAGGGGGAGACAUGGUUUUUCCGGAGUAGGUUCUGAACCUCUAAAGCUGGGGCGGCAGCUCCUGAAGGCUCCAGGAGGGGACAAGGUGGCCAAGCUGAAGCCGGGGGUCCAGCCCACUUGGCCUUUGAUUGUUUCCCACCUUGGGCUCCUAAGGGGGGACUUGCCACCCUUCCUCUGAAGGGUUGAGCCGGCCUUUGUUCUUCUUUUGGGAAAUCUGGGCUUGCCCAUUGGCACCUUCUGGAAAAGUACUCGGAUAGGUCAGCCCAUAAUCGCCAACAGGUCCCUUGGGAAUUGCUCUUGGCUUCUGCUUUAGCCUCUGCUGGUCCUGGAAGGGCCCUGGGAGUGGGUGCGAGUCCACCGUUUUGGAAGCUGGAGCAGGGAAGGCAGCAGCCAAAGUCGCAAGUCAGCCCUCUUUCUGCUUUUCCCAGGUAGAUCUUGGGAAUCCACCCUGUCUUCUCCAGUCUGACCUCCUGCUGCCUGCUCUCCCUCCCCUCUCCGCAGGUAUUUCUGGCUUGCUUGAGACCAAAGCCUUUUGCGGGGAGUUGGCUGUAAAAAGCAUGGCGCAUUUAUGCGCGCUGAAAAGAGGUCACUUUGCCCAGUGACUCUCCAGGCCCAGCUUCUGGCUGUCCAACGCAGGCUCUGCGUUAAGUGGGAAGGAGCUCUGUGGGGGACCUUGGUGAUUACCAGCUUCCUCAUCCUCUUCCCCGUCUCCCACCUGCAUCUCCCCUGUAUUUGUUGGUAGGAAGAAGAUUGUUCCCUGCCCAUUUCUGCCCCUCUCUCUGCCUGGCUUGCUCUGAGCAGCUGCUCUGCCCAAGCAGCCCCUCCUCAGCGCAGGUGGAACCCAAGUGCCAGCUCUGGAGGCAUGUUGCUAUGUGAU